UUUUCUCUUUGUGUCGAAAUUUUUGGUGGGCUUGAAAGGCAGCAUGGUCUUGCGAUUUCUAUUUUUCUGCCAGAGGUUACUACCCUCCUGGUUCGGUCUAGCCGGCUAUACAGGCAUCACUCCCAGAUGAGUGCACGAUGGCUCGGGGGUUCCAUGCUCUUCUUUUUACCCUUUCUCUUCUGUCAUCAGUGGGUCUUGGUUCUGGGUCACAGAACCGCCCUGUCUACGCUCGCUAUAUCUUCUUUUGAUGACAUCUUUUACUCGAGCUUGGAGCUUGACCCGCCCAUUGAACGAGGAGCUCUUCGCACCCUCCCUACCGAAUACUCCGUCAUCCUCACAAACAUCAUAGUCAUCAUUCAUUUCAUGGUGCUACGGCUCGGAACGGCGAACUUUGAGAAGUUGUCUUUGCCCUUGCAUAUGUGUUUUUUGUCCCGUUUUUCCAUUGCGCAUUUCUGGCGUCAGCCAUUUAAUAUUAGAUCUCUAUUUCUGUCUUGUUUGCUGCCGCAGUUUGUUUGAUCACCACCCUGAUUGUCGCCGCGUCGCUCCUCGCCUCAUCGCACACCACCUUCUUCCGUCUCUAUGUGGCUUGCCGUGGCUGUCCUUCGAUGGUAAUUCUUUAAUGACCGAGGAAUAAGCGGCGUUUGUGCAUUUGAUGGAAGAGUCCCUCCCGCCUGGAUCGGGCAGUCACUCUGUUUUCACGCGAAGCUUAGCAUAUAAAUGUUUGAAUAUGUCCAACGUGGGAUGCACC